AUGCCCGCCACCCCGGUGACGGUGGCGAGGAAAUCGCAGAACCACCGUGGCAGACUCAGUACUCUCAAGACAACUGAAUGUCAGGGAAAGAGUAAGUUCUUCUUGGAGCACCAAGCCAUCAUGGAGGAGGAGAACAAAGUCUAUGACACCAGUGCACACAGCUGGCGGUUUACAGAACCAGCACCCUUGCUGAUAGGUAAAUGGAGAUUUCCCAAGCCUGUACUAGAUGAAAAGGCAAAGGAAGAGAAGGCACGGCUAAGCAGGGAGGAGAAACAACUACUUCAUGAGAAACUGCAGCGGCGUCAACGGGUCGAAGCAGAAUUACAGCGGCGAAAGAAACAGUUCCCCCCUGGGAAGGCACCAUCUGAUAAGCAGCUGCGGAAGGAGGUCAUCACUCAUCAGAGAGGAUCGUCUGGCGAGGGCUGA